UGUUCUUCUUGGAAUUGUGUUCUAUUAUAAAGAAAUGGUUGUUGCACAUACCACAAUUGUCCGAAUCUUGACUACCUUAAGUGUGAAAUUUCUUAUGGAUUUUUGUUUAUGAUGCCAUUCAAUAGAUGGCGCGGGAGUUUUGGUUACAUACAUAGAUACUGACAUACGUCCAUUAUAGUAAGAUUAGCGUUUUCUCUUAUCAUUUUUUUAGCAUCUUUUAUAUUUAUUUUAGUUGAUGUCUACAUCCAGAUUCAUUUAGCUAUCAAAAUAACACAAAACGAAACCUUUUUUUUUUACUGUAGCGUUGCACUUAUAUAUCUUACUUUUCACGCUAGAUAUGGCUUUAGGCACAACCAUUGGGGCCCUGGUAGGAAAGUUUGGCUGCUCGGGUGCCUUCAUGGUUAUGUAUCAACAGGCAGCGGAACUUUAUCCAACCCCUGUCAGAGCUCUGGGAAUGGGAACCAGUGCCUCCAUAGCCGGAAUAUCUCUAAUUGCCACACCUUACCUUAUCUAUCUGGGUACAUACAAUCAACACAUUCCUUACAUUAUAAUUGGUGGGAUUUGUCUGUUAACAUCGUUCAUGGCGUAUUUUCUUCCUGAAACACUUCACGCUAAGUUACCACAGACCAUAGAGGAUGGUGAAGGAUAUGACAACGAUAAGAAACACUGCUCGUGCUUCAGCCUGGAGAAAUCUUGGAAUACAGCAACAGCAGAUGAAAAAAUUGUCUCCGUGAUUCAAAACGGAAAUUUGAAACCAUUGUCAACCCUUUAAUGGUAGAGAAUGGAUCAAACUCAUUUGUUCGUCUUGAAAUCAGAGUUACGUAUAUAACAAAUAUACUUUCUGUCAAUAUACUUUCAAUUGGAAAGAUAUGAGAACAAAUAGAGCAUCCUAUAAAAUAUUUUAAGAAAAUAAAAA